AUGUUUAUACUUAUUACUUUAUGGUUUCUAUUAUUUAUUCAAAAUAUUCAAUGUCAAAAUCUAGCAGUUAAUCCAAUAAAUACUGGUACUGAAAUAUGUUCAUGUAAUUUAAACUAUGGUUUAUGUGAUGUAUCAUGUUGUUGUGAUAUUGAUUGUUCACCAGAUGAUAUCAAAGGAUUUAAUUGUCAUCAUUUGACAACAAAUGAAGAUAUUAGUUUAAUUUCAUUAAAAUCUACAACACAAUCAACAUGUUUUAAAAAUAUACCAAUAUUUAAAUCAAAUUCACCAUAUACUAUUGAAAAACAAGAUAAUCUUGUUUGUAUUGACAAUGAACGAAAUAUAGAUAUGAAUGCUGCUUAUUAUCAACAAAAAAUAAAUCAAAUAUUAGAUUCAAGUACUUUUCCACGAUCAAUUAAUUUCGAUAAUAGUGUUUCAUCACCACUUGGAACACCAAUUGAAUUAACUAACUAUCAAGCAGGUACUUCGAUAUUCAGAUAUAUUUCGACAACUAAUAUAACAAGUUAUUAUGCAUUACCAAUAGCACUUUUCAAUAGUCAAACAUGUUCAGGUUUACUACCGAUAACUUAUAUGAAUGAUUUUAAAUCGACAUGUGCUCAACCAAUAAAUGAACAAAUAUGUCUUGAUGCACUCAAUCCUGCGAAAUAUGAUAAUACGCUUUGUUUUCUUACGAAUCCAGAAACUCUCAUCAGCGAUAAUCGAAGUUUUAUUUGUUGUAAUGGACCUAGUACUCCCUCAACCUGGACUGGUUCUACUUGUUCAAAUGCUCUUCGAACUUUAACAAUGACAAUUUUCUAUUUAAAUCCAACUGGUAUAGUUAGUUGUAGUAUUAUUUUAAAUACUACCAGUGGAACAUUGAACAACGCAAUACAACAAACAUUUACUGUUCGGUUUAUUAAAAAUGGAUCAAUAGCAUCAACAACAUUACGUAGUGGAAAUCCAGGUUAUAUACAAGGUGCUCCUAUUAUAGCUGGUACUUCAAAUGGAAGUUAUAUUGAUAUAUCAGAUUUUACCAUUCUCCAAGCAUCAACAGACAGAUCUUGUUCUGACGCAACUCGUAUACCUAUUCGUUUUGGUGAAAAUGUUCAAUCAAUGUGUCUAUUUAGUCCGAUUGUUUCCGAAGUUUGUCCAAAUCAAACUAAUCUGCCAAAUAUUUUUAUGCCUUUCAAUUCUUUUAAUCUCUAUGUGGCUGCUUAUGGCAAUCCAAAUCCAUCAAAUAUUACUGGUUAUUGGCUACCUGUUACAUAUUGUAUAUUUGAAAUAGGAUCUUCUAAUGAACCUGUAUGUCAACAAGGUUCUAUACCAAGUUCAUCUACAAAUCAAUGUUAUAUUCGACUAGACAUUCAAAUAGCUUAUGCUAACAUUGGUUCUGUUACUAAUCCACAACCUAUUCUUGGUGCAGUUGUAUUUCAUUAUCAAAGUGUAACUAGAACAUAUACAACAACAUUAACAACACCAUUAUUAAUAAGUCAAAGUGUUACUUUUCAAGAUAUAUCAAAUGCACCUGUUACUCAAGGAGAUCAAUUACCACGACCUAAUGUUCGUAUACCAGGUGAUUUCUUUUAUCCAUUUACUCUUAAUCGAGCAGCAAACUCUAUUGUAUUUUCAUCAUUUUUUAAUUUUUUAAUCAUUUUUGUUUUUAUUCUCAUGUAG